AUUGGAUUUCCUAUGAAGCACGUGUUUUUUCUGAGGUCUGUGUUGAUCGACGAGAUGUGUAAUAAAGUAUGGAUUGGACAUUCUGUUUGGUACAACACACACACACACAAGGCGAUGUGGACAGCGAGAGGAGCGACAUGGCAAGGCUGCACUCACACCUGGCCAGGAUGAAAGUGAGAAGGAACUGUCAACGCCACUUAUUGCUCGGCACAGCCGGAGUUUGUUUGCUCUCUCUGUUUUACUGCUAUAAAACGCUCCAGCAGGAAGCUCUGCUGCAGAGACUGUCCUCCUACAGCUCACUGGCCAGAUUCAGUGACUUCUUCUGGCAGGACACACUGACCACAUCCUCCAUCUCUGAGACGGACAGGCAGACAACUGUCAGAAAGAACCCAGCAGAUGAAGAUUUGCUCCUGCUAGGUUCCUCAAGUCCAUACAGGGAUCUUCAAAAACAACUGCACAUUCUGCAGGAUGAUGCCACAGUCUACUUUGUCCACACUGAGAGAGGAGAUCUGUGCUUCGUUGAUGGGACAGAAAUUAAAUCAAAUAUGCUGGAAGAUGGCACGGUUGUCAAACAUAAAAGGGAGCUAUUGGAACAACUUGGAAAAAACGAAAGCAAUCCGAAAGAUCACAAGGUUACAUCUAUGAGGGAGAGGUCGAAGUGCAUCUGCCGCCAGGGUUGGCACGGCCCUAACUGUGGCAUUCCGACUGUGGUGCAACACUCAAACCUUCCCACCAAAUCCCACCUAAAGCCCAGGAAGGUUUCACGUCGAAUCAUCAACGCCAUCAACAUCAAUCACGAGUUUGACCUGCUGCAUGCCAGAUUUCAUGAACUCGCAGAUGCUGUGGAUCUCUUUCUGGUGUGCGAGUCAAACUACACUGCAUAUGGACAGGCCAAACCCCUGAAUUUCCUUCGACUUCUCGUCAAUGGAACAUUUGAUUAUAUAAAGCACAAAAUUCUCUAUGUAUUCCUGGACCAUUUUCCCGAAGGUGGCCAUGCCAACGGUUGGAUUGCAGAUGAUUACCUGCGCACUUUCUUGUCAAAAAACGGAUUACUGAGGGUUCAGGGUCUGAGACCAGAUGACGUGUUCAUUCUGGAUGACGCAGACGAGAUUCCACUUCAGGAAGGAAUUCUUUUCCUCAAAUUAUAUGACGGAUGGACGGAGCCCUUCGCGAUUCACAUGCGGAAGUCCUUGUAUGGAUUUUUCUGGAGGCAGCCGGGAACGUUGGACAUUUUAUCUGGAUGCACUGUCGAUAUGUUUCUUACGGUGUAUAAAGGUGACGGGAUCCUGCUACGACGGCGGGAUUAUUACACCGUGCCAGGAUUCCGGGAAUACGAAAAGAAGUCAGGACAGAUUCUAAUGCAGUGGUCGAUCGGAAGUCCGGUUCACUAUGCAGGUUGGCAUUGUUCAUGGUGUUUCACACCAGAAGGAAUUUAUAAUAAACUGAUUUCGGCACAAAACGGAGAUUUUCCCCGCUGGGGGGACUAUAAGGAGAAACGGAAACUGAGUUACAUCAAGCAUUUGAUAAAAACAGGGGGCUGGUUUGAUGGGUCGCUAUCAAACUAUCCUCUAACUGACCCUAAAGAGCACAUGUUUGCUCCUAAAUAUCUGCUGGAGAAUUUUGACAAGUAUCGCUAUAUUUUACAGAAUCCAUAUGCUUAACAGUUCAGAAGCAACAAACAGAAUGACAGAAUCAUUACUUGACCUCCGAAACAUUCCACAAUGCUAAUUCUUAAUUCAUGUGAUUGAAUCCCGGUGAGGUUUUUAUCUUGUAUGAUUAAAAUUUAAACACCAAUAAGGUGAUGAGCUUGUGGCCUUUAACCAAACAAAGGUCUUGUUACAAGGUGUCUGUGUAAUGGCCUUUAUCUGGGUGAUGAGUUUGUUAAAUGUAAAUACAAAUUACUGGUGAGAUUAGCUUUAACCAGGUGAAUGGUAAGUAGCCUUUAAAGAAUGUUUCGUUAAGAAACUAAGGGUUUCUUUAAAAUCUAUGGUGGAAGUUCAUCCUACAGAGGGAUACAUGUAUUAUUAUAAAAUUUCUAUUCUAUUUAUUUCUUUACAGCUGCUUAUUGAAAAUGGCAUUUAAAAAAUGUGCUAUACAAAUAAAAUUUUAUUGAAUGAAGUAACUUGUAGACUUGAAAUAGGUGGGUGGCUAGUUACCAUUAUCCAAGCACAUAUCUGGUGGGUUUUAUCCAGGGGAGUGUCUACUUUCCUUCAAACCAGAUAAGUGGUCUGUGUCUGGGGCAGUGGACAGUGGCCUUUACCCAGGCGAGUGAAUUCUAAAAAUAAUAACACAAUAUUGGUUGACAGUAAAUAAAGACUCGAGUCCAGCACUGGAUUUUAACUGGAGUUGGAGUGUCAGUAUUUGCCAGUUAGCUAAAAAAAAUCUAUGUGGUUUUUCUACGAUUAUAAAAGCAGUACACACAGGAAGUGAGAGAAUGGUCCAAAAAAGGUUGUGUAAGUAGAUUUAUGUAGUGUUUUGUAUUCUACAUCCGUCUCUCACAUCAUAUCGAAAAGUUUCAGUCCAACUGUUUAUUCUUUAUAUUUUCAUUUGUAAAUAUUCUGUGUAAACUUUAAGACUUACUUGAAGUUCCUUGCCAAUGGUCCAUCCAUAGUUAUCAAAUUAUCUGAGUUAAUCAAUAACCUGAUCGGUGAUAUGAAUCUGAUGCCUAACCAGCUAAUUAUUAAAAUAGCAGCAAAAUUAUUGUCUUCGAAUGAUCCUUUUCUACUUGUAUCAGUAACUGAGAUAACUGUGUGAAUAAACAAUUACUCGGGUA